UUUUUUUUUGCUUCAUCUUUUUUAGCUCUCUGUUGGAAAGUUUAUAUUAGGGUGCGUUAGGUUGCAAGUUAAGUGAUGAUAAAGUCACCCCAGGACUUUUGAUAGUGAUUAUUUAAUAUAAUAGAUUGAUGAUCCUUAUUUAAUGAGGAUACUUUAUGAUCGGGGUUACUGAUGUUUAUAUACUAGACUAAGUUUGUUCAAACUGCCUGCAUUGUUGGAUUUGUUGCACAAGUUAAAGAAGAAAUCGAAAUUGUUGCACAAGUUAAAGAAGAAAUCGAAAUUGUUGCACUUGACUUUCUAUGCUACUUCUGUCCUGCAUACCAUUAAAAACAGAAUGGCAUGCAGUCGCUUCAUGGACAUGGGAUGCACAAGACGAAACAUGUGGGAUAUGUCGGAUGGCUUUUGAUGGUUGUUGUCCUGAUUGCAAACUUCCUGGAGAUGAUUGCCCUCUAAUUUGGGGAGCUUGCAACCACGCGUUUCAUCUUCACUGUAUAUUGAAAUGGGUGAAUUCGCAGACGAGUCAAGCUCAUUGCCCAAUGUGCCGAAGAGAAUGGCAGUUCAAAGAGUAAGCAAAUUAUAAGGAGGAUUAUAGUCUCAAGCUCUCAUCAUGGUGGAUGCUUUGGAAUGAUCUCUUGAAUCUGUAUUUUGGUGUUUGAGUUUUAAUCGUUGCACAAAGGCAAGAGAGAUUUGGGAUUCUUUUUGGAGCUUGGGGUUAGUUUGAUUGAUUGGAACAUUCAUAGAUGAAGCAACUUGGUGUAAACUUCAUCUCUAAUCUCUAUGAUGUUUGUUUGUGUUAGUUAGUUAUUUUGUGUCAUAUCGCAUUUGAAUUUGUAUUACUUUGCUUGAUUCUUAUUUUUCAUUAGUUUAUUGAAAUGGAAAACAUUGAUGAUGAAUCGACCGGCGGCGAUGAGUCGGUUA